AGUCCGUCCACCACGAACAAGGCCACCUACGACGACGAGCCAUCGCAACGCACAAUCGUACGCCCCGGCGGAUCUUGCGACUCGCGCGCCCUCGUACGAACAAAGCCCAGCACUCGAUCAAUCCGCACGGCGCCCUAGCCGCAAUCCGCCGCCAUGGUCUUGCAGGAUCUCGGCCGGCGCAUCAGCGGCGCUCUCAACGAUGUCACUCGUGCGCCAAACCUUGACGAGAAGGCAUUCAAGCAAAUGCUCAACGAGAUCUCCGGCGCCCUCCUCGAAGCCGACGUCAACGUGAAGCUCGUCAGCAGGCUCAAGAACUCGAUCGCGACGUCAGUCAACUUCAAAGACCUCCCGCCCAGCGUCAACAAGAAGCGGAUAAUCCAGAAGGCCGUCUUUGACGAGCUCGUCAAGCUCGUCGACCCCCACGCCGAGCCGUUCAAGCCCAAGAAGGGCCGGUCCAAUGUCAUCAUGUUUGUUGGUCUCCAGGGUGCCGGUAAGACGACGACGUGUACCAAGCUGGCGCGGCACUACCAGGCGCGGGGCCUGCGCGCCUGUCUCGUCUGCGCGGAUACCUUCCGUGCCGGUGCCUUUGACCAGCUCAAGCAGAACGCCACGAAGGCCAAGAUCCCGUACUAUGGUUCCCUCACCGAGACGGAUCCGGCAAAAGUGGCCAAGGAGGGUGUGGACAAGUUCAAGAAGGAGAAAUUCGACAUCAUCAUUGUCGAUACCUCCGGUCGGCAUCGGCAAGAAUCGGCACUGUUCCAGGAAAUGACGGACAUCCAGAACGCCGUCCACCCGGACGAAACGAUCAUGGUGCUGGACGCGUCGAUCGGACAGCAGGCCGAGUCGCAGGCAAAGGCCUUCAAGGAGGCCGCCGACUUUGGAGCCAUCAUCAUCACCAAGACGGACAGCAACGCCAGCGGAGGCGGCGCCAUCUCCGCCGUGGCGGCCACGCACACGCCCAUCGUCUUCAUCGGCACGGGAGAGCACAUGCUCGACUUUGAGCGCUUCGCGCCGCAGCAGUUCAUCAACAAGCUGCUCGGCAUGGGCGACAUGGCGGGGCUGGUGGAGCACGUGCAGUCGCUCAAGCUGGACCAGAAGGACACGAUCAAGCACAUCACCGAGGGCAUCUUCACGGUGCGGGACCUGCGGGACCAGCUGAGCAACAUCAUGAAGAUGGGCCCGCUGUCCAAGAUGGCCGGCAUGAUCCCCGGCAUGUCCAACAUGCCCGGCAUGGCGGGCAUGGACGACGACGAGUCGAGCGCGCGCCUCAAGCGCAUGAUCUACAUCUGCGACAGCAUGACGGAGAAGGAGCUCGACAGCGACGGCAAGAUGUUCAUCGAGCACCCCACGCGCAUGACGCGCGUGGCGCGCGGCAGCGGCGUCAGCGUCCGCGAGGUCGAGGACCUCCUCACCCAGCAGCGCAUGAUGGCCGGCAUGGCCAAGAAGAUGGGCGGCAACAUGAAGAACAUGCAGCGCGCGCAGCAGGCCAUGGGCGGCGCCAACAAGCAGCAGCAGCUCGCGGCCAUGCAGAAGCGGCUUCAGAGCAUGGGCGGCGGCGCGGGCGGCGGCGGCGGCAUGCCCGACAUGGCCAGCCUCGCCAAGAUGUUUGGCGGCGGCGGAGGUGGUGGCGGCAUGCCCGACAUGGCCAAGAUGAUGGAAAGCAUGGGCAUGGGUGGGAUGAUGGGCGGCGGUGGUGGUGGUGGCGGCAGGGGCGGGCGGAGGUGA